AUGCCGCGUCCGGGCAAGACUCACCAGGGAGCAGCUGCGCGCUUUGUCGUCGCCGAGGGCCGCUAUCAGAAGGGUAAUGUUUUUCGCCAUCGUGCCGGAAAAGCGCACCUCAACACAAAAAAAAGCUCUUCGAGACUUCGCAGACUCAAGCGGACUACUCUUGUAAGCAAGAGCCAGGUAAAAUCUAUGCUUCGCCUUCUUGGUAGGUAGAAGUCCAUAUUUGAAGCUCAUUCGAUCUGAUCAGGAUCUUGCAGAUCCGAAUGUCAUCGCUUGGCGAUGCUUUCGUGCGCCCUGGAAACUAUGCAAGUCUUCGCGAAGGGAUGCGAGUAGCUACGGGUAUCGAUCACAAGCCCUAUCCCAUAUGAUUGUCGUACUGCCGCCGCCCACGUGUCCAAAGUCAGAUUACUAGUACAAGAUGGCCUUCUUCACACGUGCGGGGGGACUAAGCGAUCUUCAAGACGAGAUGGGAUGCGAGUACUGCGCGUGAUGGGUAAAUUUCUGUGUUUACAGUCGACGUCUGCUGGGACUGUUGCUCACUCGCAUAGUUGGGCAAGGGCAAAGGUCGGCAAUUAAGUGGGAGUGCGAAAGUGUGGUGCAGAAGGUCCUGCGUUCUAUUUGGUGAGCUGACCGCGGAGGGGCAAGUCGAUAUACGGAAAAAGGUCUGACGAAAGCCGUCUUCGUAAACACAGAGCGCUCUGCAAAAA